AUGUUAAUCUCGCGGGCCUUCACUGCCGUCGCUGCGAUUGCUUCCGUCGCACUUAUCAGCGCAUCUUCGACCGCGCGAAACCCGCUCAAGACCCUAGGACUCGCGAAGAACCCAUCCAUCCUCACCCAGAACCACCGCGUGACGGCACUGUCGACAUUCGAUGUAGUCUUCGACUUCUCCAGCACCCGCAUAAGGCUAAGCCUAGAGCCGAACCACGACAUUUUCGUCGACGGAGCCAAGGUGCAGUAUCUUGGGGCGGAUGGCCGCAUCACCAAGGAGGAGCCGCUGAACCGGCUAGAGCACAAGGUGUUCAAGGGGAAAACGUGGUUGAAGAGAGGGGACCGCUGGGACAAUGUGGGGUGGGCCCGCAUCACCAUCCGCAGGGACGGCGUGGACCCACUGUUUGAGGGCGCCUUCACUGUGGACCACGACCAUCACCACGUACAGCUUUCUUCGAAUUAUAAACAGACACGCCAUGAUUUGGACCCGAACAUCGAUUUGCGGGACGACGAGUUCAUGGUGGUGUUCAGGGACUCCGAUAUCUCUAAUGAGCAGGAGCACUCGGAGUUGAAGAAGAGGGGGGAGCAUUUAAGCUGUCAGAGCGACUCGCUGGAGUUUAAUAUGAUGCCCGAACACCCCAUCUAUGCAAGCAUGCUGCGGCGAGAGGAUGGCUUCUGGACCGCCCCGAUUUCAUCGCUGAUGGGCAAGCGACAGCUGGACAACUCUCCCGGAGGAGGCAAUGGCGCAGGAGUCAACCUUGUCUCGUCGAUUGGCAGCACCGUCGGCUGUCCUGGGACUCGCAAGGUCGCCCUCGUCGGCGUCGCCACCGACUGCACAUACACUGCCCAGUUCAAUUCGUCCGAGUCGACGCGCCAGAAUGUUAUCAAUCAAAUGAACACAGCAUCAAGUCUUUUCGAGAGCACUUUCAACAUCUCGCUUGGUCUCGCCAACCUGGUCGUGACGGAAAAGGAUUGUCCUACUUCCCCGAACGCAGCGACGCCGUGGAACCAGGCAUGCAAUAGUAAUGUCGAAAUCCAGGCGCGGUUGAACCUUUUCUCGGCGUGGAGAGGCCAGCAAAAGGAUUCCAAUUCGCACUGGACCCUUCUGAGUACUUGUAAUACCGGUUCUGCGGUGGGCUUGGCGUGGCUCGGACAGGUCUGCACGACCGGAUCUCAAGGCUCUAAUUCGUCAGACGGUAACGCAGAAACCGUAGCUGGAGCUAAUGUGGUAGUGCGGACGUCGACGGAAUGGCAGGUCAUUGCCCACGAAACCGGCCACACUUUCGGUGCGGUCCACGACUGCACUGCGAACACAUGCCGAGACCAGAAUACCGUAAAUUCCCAGCAAUGCUGCCCUCUCAGCUCCACCACCUGCGAUGCUGGGGAACAAUUCAUUAUGAACCCUUCCACGGCACAGGGCAUUACCCGAUUCUCCGCUUGUUCCAUUGGUAACAUCUGCUCUGCCAUGGGACGCAAUAGUGUCAAGACUACCUGCCUUACCAACAACAAGGGCGUCACCACCAUCUCUGGUCAACAGUGCGGCAACGGAAUCGUCGAAGAGGGCGAAGACUGUGAUUGUGGUGGCACAGAGGGUUGCGGUAGCAACGCUUGCUGUGAUGCUAAGACAUGCAAAUUCAAAUCCGGCGCCGUCUGCGAUGACUCGAACGAAGACUGCUGCAAAAACUGCCAGCUUGCGUCCGCGAGCACUGUCUGUCGUUCUAGUUCCAGUAAAUGCGACCCCGAAGAGAAGUGUACAGGCACCUCACCUUAUUGUCCUACGGAUAAAACAAAUCCCGAUGGUAGUGACUGCGGAAACGGUCUAAAGUGUGCGAGCGGACAAUGCACGUCACGAGACCAGCAGUGCAAGACUGUUAUGGGAAGUUACACACAGGGCAAUGACACAUAUGCUUGCGACAAUAGCAACUGUAUGCUCAGCUGCGCAAGUCCGGAAUUCGGACGGGGAGUGUGCUACGGUCUGCAGCAGAACUUUUUGGAUGGUACUCCCUGCACUGGGGGUGGCAAAUGUCAAAAUGGGCGAUGUUCAGGCGCUUCAAUAGGCGUAGAAGUCAAGUCCUGGAUCGAUGAUCACAAACCCCUCGUCAUCGGUAUCGCAUCCGCUAUCGGCGGCCUCCUUCUCCUCUCCAUCCUCGGGUGCUGUUGGCGGUGCUUCAGACGCAGAAAGACGAGAAAGAUCUAUGCCCAAAGCAUGCCAUAUCGUACCAUGCCUCCGCAAUUCCCUCCCAGUGGCGGCUACCGCCGUUCAAGAAGCGGCGGCAGGAGAAAUGGUGGCCCGCAAAGCCCGAAUGGCAGUGGCGGUCCAUUGAUGACUGAGAACGGUCCACCUAGGUGGCAGGGAAAUCCAGUUCGUCCUCCACCGCCAAUGUUCCAGCGAAUUUCAAGCGUGCGGUAUGCAUAG